AUGAAGGAAGGAGAAUCUGUCAGCGAUUAUUUUGCUAGAAUUCUUACCAUCGUCAACAAGAUGAAGGCAAAUGGGGAGAGCAAGGGAGAUGGUGAAGUGGUAGCAAAAAUUCUGAGAUCAAUGACUCCAGAUUUUAACUAUGUGGUGUGUGCUAUUGAGGAGGCUAACGAUACAAGUCUCCUGUCAAUUGAUGAACUGCAAAGUAGCUUGCUUGUGCAUGAGCAGCGUAUGAAAAAGAAGUCUUCGCUAGAACAAAUUCAGGCUUUAAAGAUUUCUUUUGGAGAACAGUUUAGAGGCAAAGGUCGUGGUAGAGGAAGCUCCAGAGGAAGAGGAAGGGGAAGGGGAAAAGGCAGCCAAACAUCUCACAGAUCUACCAUUGAAUGCUUCAAGUGUCACAAGUUGGGGCAUUUUCAGUGGGAAUGUUCUGCCAAGGAGUUGAAUUAUGUAGAGUCGCAAGAAGAGAUGCUGCAGCAACCAUAUGUGCGGGAAGAAAGACUAUUCACUGAUAUUGAUGAAAAUUUAAGAGAUACAGUGAAGUUAGGCGACAAUUCUAGUGUGGUGGUUGCAGGAAAAGGUAAUGUGAGAUUGAAAGUGAACGAUGUGGUGCAAAUCAUUACAGGAGUUUUUUAUGUGCCGCAACUGAGGAAUAACUUGUUGAGUGUAGGGCAGUUACAGGAGAAAGGGCUUUCUUUCCUGUUUCAACAUGAGAAGUGCAAAGUGUAUCAUCCAGAAAGAGGCCUGAUUUUAGAAAUUAAGAAGUCUACAAAUAGAAUGUUCAUGUUUAGUGCAGUGUGUCAGCCUUUACCAUCUACUUGUUUUAGUGCAAUCACCGAAGAUCUUGUGCAGCUCUAG